AUGGAUGCCAGCUGUCUGCGGGCCCGCUGCCUGCUGCUCUUCCUUGGUUACCUAUUGCAAGCAGUCCUGGGCACAACAGUAAUCCCGUUAUGUGGGGUUGGUGAAAUGGAGAACUGCACAACAGCACUACUCCAGACAGAGAACAGUCCCCGCGUGGCUCAAGUUGGGAUAACGAGAUGCAAGCCUGAAAUGAAGGACUACUGCUUCCACGGGCAGUGCGUGUACAUUGUGGACCUGGAUGAGCACUACUGCAGGUGUGACGUAGGCUUCUCUGGCGUCCGAUGUGUGCAUUCAGAACUUGUCAGACAGCCCCUCAGUAAGGAGUACGUGGCACUGACGGUUAUCGCAGUUCUGCUUUUCCUCAUCGCUGUCUCUAUCGCGACCUACUACGUCUGCAGAAGGUAUCGGAGCAAGAAGAGACGAACAAACACCGGCGAAUACAAGGAAGUUGGCACCCUGUAGGAGAAACGGUGGCUGCGACAGUGUUCCGUUCAUCUGGCUGGACUCAGUGGCUUCCCAUGUAUUUAAAUGUUAUUUUUAUUAACAAUAUUUACAAUAUUUAUAUACUUUUAAAAAUUUCAAUUGUUUGGUGAUCCAAUCCGUAUAGGUCAAGCAUUUUACUUUCAGUGUUUUAUUUUUUUAUUAAAUAAUAUUUCCUAACAAGAGCCUCGCCUAAGUGGUUCUGUGGGAUAGAGAUAUAUUUUUAUAAAAGCUCAUCUUCUUACUCUGAAGAGUAAUUUUAUAUUUAUUCUUGUGAAUAUGCUCAAAACAAUUCUACUGCUUAAAAUAAAAGUUCUAGACCAAG